AUGGCGCAAACAAUUUCUGUCGCUGUUCCGGGCCAAUUGCUGGGUGCUGCAAGCGAAUAUCUACCAGGCCCUGGCACGCAUAUCCACGACUCGAAGCUCUUUGCCUCAAUCCUAGGACCUAUUAAGACGACCUCUCCUCCUAAACCAGCUGGACCGCAAAAGAGGUUGACGAAGAUAACUCCAGCGGCGCCGGCGGUAUUACCUACGGUUUCAAUCGAAAGAGACAUAUCCGUGGGAAGUGGACUUGAUGGAUCUGGGAAGUCAAAGGCGGAGAUCUUGCCUGAGGUCAAUAGUACGGUUCUUUGCCGAGUGACGAGGAUUCAGCCUAGACAGGCGUCUGUAGCAAUAUUGGUUGUUGGAGAGACUGUUCUGGAUGGAGAAUGGCAGGGUCUGAUACGUGUGCAAGACGUAAGGGCGACGGAGAAGGAUAAAGUCAAGAUUUUCGAGAGCUUCAGACCAGGAGAUAUCGUGCGCGCUGUGGUGAUAUCUUUGGGUGAUCAAUCGAACUACUACCUGUCAACGGCGAGUAACAAUCUGGGGGUCAUCAUGGCGACAAGUGAAGCUGGCAAUUCGAUGUAUCCGGUUAGUUGGAAAGAGUAUCGGGAUCCAGAAACGGGAGCUAGCGAAAGUCGGAAAGUUGCAAAGCCAUUUUGA